CCGCGCGUCCCUCGUUCCACCUGCAUUAGGCAGGAAGGCAGAGUCAGUCCCCCGGGUUAUCUCAUCGAGUAGGGAGGUCCGGCGUGCACGAGAAUCGGGCUCUUCCUUCCCGGCGGAGGGAUCCACCGCGGCCGAGGAGGCGGCGCCGAGCCUAGCAGGAAGAGGCAGCUACGGCGGCGGCUGUAGCAGCGGCGCAUAAAGGGGCCGCCGCCGGGUGAUGCGGUGAGGGCUGCGGCAGGCCCAGAAGCUGAGCGGGCCUCGGCCCUCAGCCCGUCGGACGUGCGUGUCGGAACUGCGGCUCUUCUCCCUCCGACUCGCCACCUCUAAGGCGGUCGCAGGCCCCCUCGUCCCUUCCCCAUCCCUCCCCCGCCCCCGUCCCCGCCCCGGGGAGGCCGCCGCCGCCUUCCUUCCCACCAUGGCUCUGAAGAGAAUCCAUAAGGAAUUGAAUGACCUGGCACGGGAUCCCCCAGCACAGUGUUCAGCAGGUCCUGUUGGAGAUGAUAUGUUUCAUUGGCAAGCUACAAUAAUGGGGCCAAAUGACAGUCCCUACCAGGGUGGAGUAUUUUUCUUGACAAUUCAUUUCCCAACAGAUUACCCCUUCAAACCACCUAAGGUUGCAUUUACAACAAGAAUUUAUCAUCCAAAUAUUAACAGUAAUGGCAGCAUUUGUCUUGAUAUUCUACGAUCACAGUGGUCUCCAGCACUAACUAUUUCAAAAGUACUUUUGUCCAUCUGUUCUCUGUUGUGUGAUCCCAAUCCAGAUGAUCCUUUAGUGCCUGAGAUUGCUCGGAUCUACAAAACAGAUAGAGAAAAGUACAACAGAAUAGCUCGGGAAUGGACUCAGAAGUAUGCGAUGUAAUUAAAGAAAUUAUUGGAUAACCUCUACAAAUAAAGAUAGGGGAACUCUGAAAGACAAAGUCCUUUUGAUUUCCAUUUGACUGCUUUCUAUGAGCCCACGCCUCAUCUUCCCCUGUGCACAUGUUUACCUGAUACAGCAGUGCUGCGUGUUGUACAUACUUGGAACAACAAACUAGAAAUACUGUACUUCUGUACCAACAUUGCCUCCUAGCAGAGAAGUGUGUGUGUGAGAAGCCAGUUCUCCAAGCGUAACCUAGUUGUGAGACUAAAAGCUUUCCUUAUUGAUUUAAAUUUGGAUAACAGCAAGGUGUAAGGGGUAGUGGGUACAUGUUAUGUGCUUGGUUGGGUGAAAAGGACCACUGACCUGUAGGAGAUUUUAUUUUAAGUGGAUUACAUCUAAUCUCAAAACAAUUAUAAAAAAGCAAGGUUGAAGAACAUGAAGCUAUUUCUGUAUCCAUUUCAUCCCGAAAGACCUACAACUUAGAUGAAAGUUAUGACCAACUAGAGUAAACUCUACCCACAUCCUGUAUUUUAUAAUCUUACGUUUAACUGGUCAACAUUUAAGUGAAUUGGAGCUAUUAGUACAUAAAAGUGUGAUGGGCCUUGUUCCCAACUCUUUUACAUCUCCCUAUCCCUUCAACUCCUUUAAGCCUCUUUCUCUCCAUAAUUUUUUGGUUUGUAUGUGGUUUCUCAGUUAAUACAUAGCUAAUAGCUCUUAUUUUUCUUAUGUUUUUAACUGCUUUAGGUCUGUUUGGAUGUAAGGGUGAAAAUUCAUUUGAUGGAAAUACUUGUGUAUAUUUAAAGACCCAGUUGCUCCUCUGGAGCUUGUACGUUCAAGAAUGAUUAAUCUGUGUAAUAAACUGAUUACUACAGUCAUUACAUAUAAUUUUGUGUGAAUAGGUUUUUUGAUUUUAAGAUUUUUGUCUAGCUGAGAUUAGUGGUGGAUUUUUCUGCACCCUUGAAAUGUUUUUGUUUACAUUGGUUGCAUUCUAAAAUCAUGAAACAAUUUCAGUUUAUAGUUUUAAAAAAAGAUAUCGUAAAGGUAAUUUAAUUGAACAAGGUAGAGGCACAAGCUUUUAAAGACAUGUUCAUGAAACUUAUGUGCACCAUUCCAGGAACAUGACUGUUAAACUGAAUAAAUUUGCUUUGUUAUGAAACUAAA